CAGUUAUGGUUAAGGUCAGGACUGGGUGUAUUUAGGCUGAGUGGGUUCAGUGGAUGCAUUUAGCGAGGAUGAAAGGUCGAGGCAGACAGAGAAGUACUGGAGAGAGUGAAAAGUGAAAACAAGGGUCUUGUGAUGGCGUCCAGUCUGACUCCUGGAUGUCACGUAAUGAGUGAUCUCCUGACGAUCCGCGAGAAAGGCGUCCUCUUCUCUCUGCUCCAACCUCAGAGUAAGCUGAUCAAAACUACAGUAGCACAGGUACUAGAGGCCAAAGAGGGAGAGAGUCCAGGGUGGUGCUGUUUGGGCUGUGGUGUAGUGUGUCUCAUUGAUGAUGAGUCCGUUCACUCCUACUUCCUGCGUCUCUACUGUGUCAAGCGUGCCAAGUUACUGUGGGAGCAGGAGUUGUACAUCCCUUUUGAGUACACUGCAACUUGCUCUUUCUUCCACACUUUCCCCACGGAUGAGCACCAGAUAGGCUUCAACUUCGCAAAUGAGACAGAGGCGGAGGAAUUCUAUCUUGCAGUGAAGGCUGUCCAAAGAAAACAAGAUAACAUGACCAACAUGAUUCAGAUGACAAACACUGAAACUGUGGACUGCUCAACAAGUGAAGCACCUGAUUCAAGAAUGAAACCAGUGGAACAUUUGGACAGGGAGGAGUAUUUCCCCAUGUGUGCACCACCCAGCCCAGUUACACCAACCACCAGUUCAUUUAAGGAUCUGGACCCAGCUGUGAGAAGGCUGUUGAUGCAGGCAAAACUGCCUGAGGAAGAGCUGAAAGACAAAGACAUUGCUGAGGCUGUCGACUGCAUCAUCAACAAAUUUGGGGGUCUAAAGGCUGUACAGAGAGAGUUGAGGAACAAAGGCCCAGUCUCUCAAACAUUGUCAAGAUCUGCUGGGGCAUCCAUCUCCAUUGCUCUGAAGAAAGGGCCUUUGCCACCGGUACCUUCAAUCAAAGGCAUCACCACCUCCCAUCAGACACCACAGGGUACAGGGAGAGUAGACCAGAGUCAGUUUCCUCCGGCUCCAGCUCCAGUUUUUCCAGAGAGGAUCAGAAAGAGUUCAAGUUUCAAACAUACGGGCUCCUUGGCAGUUCCAGACAAAGGUGACCUCAUCCUGGCUGCACUGAGAGAAGUGUUCAUACAAAAACAGCUGCUCCAGCAAAGCACAAGUACAGAUAAAAGUCAAACGGGGUGAGAUACUAACAGGGAUGUGUGCCUUUAAGAAGUCUGACAAACAUCUUUGAUACAUACAUUAAAGAUCAGUGAUACAUCUGA